GUUUGUCUUUUAAACUUCUUAUUCCCCUUUUAAAACUGUAUUAUCAGGGCUGCGAGUUUGCUUUUGCCCUGUCUUCUCUUCAUUGGUGUGCAGACGAGAAAUUAAAAAAAUCCUCCAAUCUUCUCUCCCUAGAUUUACAGAAAACGCAAGAAAAUUGGGCACUCAUCGGAUUCAGGAGAGGCGGAAACCACGAUUAUGGCUUCUCAUGGUGACAGAUCGGAGGACGCCGUCGUUUCACAGCCUCAAGACCGGCCAAUUUCCACCAUCGUCAUCAUCAUCGCUAUGCAGACGGAGGCACUUCCUUUGGUAAACAAGCUCCAGCUUACCGAGGACCUCGAACCCGUUUUUCCAAAAGGGGUUCCUUGGGUCCGAUAUCAUGGUGCUUACAAGGAUCUUAACAUCAAUUUGAUCUGGCCAGGGAAAGAUUUAGCUUUGGGGGUUGAUAGUAUAGGUACAGUAUCGGCAUCGCUUGUAACCUAUGCAUCAAUCGAAGCAUUAAAGCCAGAUCUGAUAAUAAAUGCUGGCACUGCCGGUGGCUUUAAGGCCAAAGGAGCAGCUGUUGGUGAUGUGUUUGUUGCAUCUGAUUGUGCUUUCCAUGAUAGACGAAUACCUAUACCUGUUUUUGAUAUGUAUGGUGUUGGUUUACGCCAAGCCUACUCCACCCCCAAUCUUGUCAAGGAGCUUAACCUAAAGGUUGGGAAAUUGUCUACUGGUGACUCACUUGAUAUGUCCUCCCAAGAUGAAGCAUCAAUCGUCGCAAAUGAUGCUACAAUUAAAGACAUGGAGGGAGCUGCUGUUGCCUAUGUGGCAGACCUUUUGAAAGUCCCUACAAUAUUUGUAAAAGCUGUGACUGAUAUAGUGGAUGGGGAGAAACCAACUGCUGACGAAUUCUUGCAGAAUUUGGCAGCUGUGACUGCUGCACUUGAUCAGGCAGUUACUCAGGUUAUUGAUUUCAUCAACGGGAAAUGCCUCUCUGAACUUUGACGCUAGUGAUAUAUCUUAAAGUUGUCGAACUCUAUGGAACUAUAUUGUCCAAUAAACCUCUAUUCAUAACGUAUUCAAUUUAUUUAAAGUGUGUGCUCUUAAAGGCAAAAUAGCAAUAGUCCAUAGUUUGAGGAGGUAUAGUUUGAACAUUCACAUGUUGAAAGUGAAAUGCCUAAUUUAUGUUUAGUUUGAAGCAGCGUUUAUGGCCAA